AGGCAGCGGCGGAGCGGGAGGCGCCGGCAGCCGCCGCCAUGGAGCCGGGGGGCAGGCGCGGCCGCGCCGCCGAGGAGGGCCCGCGCCCCGAGGAGGAGGAGGUGGACCCCCGCAUCCAGGGGGAGCUGGAAAAACUAAAUCAAUCUACAGACGAUAUCAAUCGCAGGGAGACGGAACUGGAGGAUGCACGCCAGAAGUUCCGUGCUGUGCUUGUCGAAGCAACAGUAAAACUGGAUGAACUGGUAAAGAAGAUUGGAAAAGCUGUAGAAGACUCUAAGCCUUACUGGGAAGCUCGGAGGGUGGCCAGGCAGGCACAGCUUGAAGCUCAGAGGGCAACUCAGGAUUUCCAGAGGGCCACUGAAGUGCUGCGUGCUGCAAAGGAGACCAUUUCACUUGCUGAGCAGAGACUACUGGAAGAUGACAAACGUCAGUUUGACUCUGCGUGGCAAGAGAUGCUCAACCAUGCUACUCAGAGGGUCAUGGAGGCAGAACAGACCAAAACAAGAAGUGAGUUGGUUCACAAGGAGACUGCAGCCAAAUACAACGCUGCCAUGGGAAGGAUGAAACAGCUGGAGAAGAAGCUGAAAAGAGCCAUCAAUAAAUCAAAACCUUAUUUUGAACUCAAGGCAAAGUACUAUGUCCAGCUAGAGCAACUGAAGAAGACAGUGGAUGACCUGCAGGCAAAACUGGCCCUGGCUAAGGGAGAGUAUAAAACUGCACUGAAAAACCUGGAGAUGAUCUCGGAUGAGAUUCACGAGAGGAGACGCUCCACUGCCAUGGGGCCCCGAGGAUGUGGCGUGGGGGCUGAAGGGAGCAAUACCUCUGUGGAAGACCUCUCAGCAACGAAACCGGAGUCAGACACCAUCUCCAUGGCUUCAGAAGUGUUUGAGGAUGACAACGGCAGCAGCUUUGUAUCUGAAGAAGACUCGGAAACUCAGUCAGUGUCCAGCUUCAGCUCUGGCCCCACGAGCCCCUGCGAGGUGCCCGCUCAGUUUCCUCCUGCGACGCGACCCGGGAGCCUGGACCUGCCCAGCCCCGUGUCCCUCUCCGAGUUUGGGAUGAUCUUCCCAGCGCUCGGCCCCCGCAGCGAGUGCAGCGGCGCGUCCUCCCCCGAGUGCGAGGCGGAGCGAGGGGACAGGGCAGAAGGGGCUGAAAACAAGACAAGCGACAGAGCGAACAAGAGCAGGAGCAGCAGCAGGAGCAGCCCCGCAGAGGGCUUGGCUCUGGACAGCCGCAUGAAGCAGCUCUCCCUGCAGUGCAUGAAAAUCAAAGAGGGAAUAUGCGCAGGCAGAAAAGCCGCCCAGAUCGGCUGAGUCCUGCUCGGGCCCCGUCCUCGUUAACGGCACUGCCAAUAUUUACACAGGACCUCCCGAGAGGUUGAAGAACCUCGUGCCAACAAUAUAUGCCAAAUCUGAAGCGUUUACCCCGAGAGUUUAAAACUGCACUAGGAAGUCUGAUUGAUGUGGAGGGCUGAAGUUUUUAUUCAGUCAAUCCUUUGUAGGCCGGACAAGUCACCAAACGUUCCAGCCGUGCUCGUGUUUCACAGACCUUGUAAAUUGUUUUGUAGCAGCCUGGCUGAAGCAAUAAGGAGCGACGUUGAUGCCAGCAGGGGCUCUGACGUUGGAGCCAGACACUCGCAGAGAGCGGUUUGGUGUCGGCUUUGUAGCGUGAGCUGCUCUUUACAUACGGUGGGUCUCUUGAGUAGAAGCACCUGUUCUGUAAACAUCUGUAUCUGUGUGUAUUACGCUGAAGCUGUAGGGAUACUUUGUGUAUGGGAAAGCUGCUGCAUGCCUGGGCUGUAAGAGCCUUCACUCUUCCCUUGGUGCUCACACAAAGGGUAAAGAUGAGUCACAGCUCUAAGAAUGGACGCCGACACACACGGGCAGAGAGGGGAUGGCAACGCUCAGCGGCAGUGGGCCCUUCCCGAGCCUAGCUUGGACUCCCAGGGUGAUUCCAGUGACCAAAAGGAGUUUAUUGGCCCCUUGCCCUUCCCCUUGCCCGAGAAGUGAAGUAUUAUUUUUCAGCACUUUAAGUGUUUUGGGUCUGAGUUUCCUUUUUUUGCCCAACAAUGGGAGCGGUAGAUGUUUUCAGGACAGUGACGGUAAGGGAUCCGCCCUUGAAACGUGCAUGAAGAAGAGGAAUUGCCAGUGUAGAUUGACAAUGUGUUCUUAAGCUUCUCCGUAGGUUGUGCUGUGUGGGGUUUUAUAACUGCUACAGGGACUUGGGAUUUUUAGUGUGCCCUGGAGAAGGGGUUCUGUAAAACUAGAAAGGGCCCAGGCCUGUUUUCCUGGCAGCUGUUUAGGCAGUAGUAGUGUCUGGUAAUUAUGCUAGUAAGUGGUAGUAAAAACCCUAGGACUCUUUGGUUUUUGGUGGCUAAGCAUUUCUAAAAUGCACCAUUUUAUCUAAGAUGUCUGUUUCUAUGGUUAAUUUGAUGGGAGUUUUAGUAUUGCCCCUGAAGUAUUUUCUAUUCUAUGUUUUUUGCAGUCCUGUUGUAUUUUGUCCCUGCCACAGCUUGUGUAUCUAUUCUCCAAGUUCAUGUAAAAUUCUUCACACUACAGUAAACAUUUUUGUUUUCCACAUUUCA